AUGUGGAGGCGUGGGGGCGGCCGGGGGGUGGGCGGGGGCCUCUUCAACCUUACCACCGCCCAUUAUGAUAACACAACGCGGGCCUCGCCUCCCACCCCCGGCAGGAGGAAGGCCGCUCACAGCCAGGCGGGAGGAGGGCGAGGCGAGUUUUUUGACGCUUCUCCGACCAAGUUAAUGUGUCCAGGAAGAAACAGACACACAAUAGUAGGCACACAGCAGUACACGCACACACACACGCACACUAGUCCUGAUGUGUCCGCCUUCGUCACCGCUGCCAUCACCGUGGAGGCGCGCAGGUCCUCCAUCACACUCGGGCACACAGGAUGCACCCACCCAGCUUCCAUCGGAAAGAAAGCUCUCAACGGGGUUACAAACAGCAGACAGCGACAGCAUCAGCACCGCCAGGCCUCAGUGAACUAUCUCAAGCUGGCAAGCAACUCCAGUCACGCCUAUUCCCGGCACGCCCAUCCCUCGCCUCUCCUCACUGCCGGGGCGGAAGCCAGAGGAGACCAGCGCGAUACGACACACUCCAGGACAAUGAGGGACGAGACACAGCGUUCCUGCUGGUGGCGCUGACGGUGGUUGUUGUGGUGGUGGUAGUGGUGGGAUGAAAGUGAGGUGGAGAUUAACACACACA